AUCCGUCAGUCAGUCGGACUGAUUCAAGUUGCUGCGGCUGUAAUUUGUUAUCAUUCGUUUUCUGAUAAUGGCGGCAUUUGCGCCCCCACACUUUUCGCCCAUGCCCGUAGGCCGCUCUGGCCCUCCCUCAUUGGUCCGCCCCGUCCAGGCUGGCAACACCUGAGACGCCCUGUGUGUCUAUGCCAUAUGUGUGCCUGUGUGUCUCUUCCAUCUCUCUUCUUUUCUUUUCCCUCCCCAACUUCGUAUCGGUACCCACUUCACCCACAGCUACCAACAGUCGGCAACCGUGCUCUGACUGACCUUCUCACCGUCUUCUUGCAGUCGUGGUACCUGUGCUCCAAUCUCGUCACCUCCUCCAGCUAUGACGACUCGGCCAUCGUCUUCAAAAUCCCUCCCCCACGCUGACACCAACUUUCUAUUCACACAUGCCCCCUACGUCUUCUAUUCAACCGUCAUCAUGAGAACACCGUGGCCUAGCCCAUACGCCUCCAUCUGUGCUGCUGCAUCAAACCUUCUUUUUCUUUUUCUUCUCCGUUUGGUCUUCGCCUCUCGCUUUGCCUGCUUCACCAACGCAUGUUCCCUCCUGUGCGUCCCCUUGCAGAUCCGCUUCCUAUCAACCAAUAUGGACAGGGGCAUCCCAAGAACAGCCUAAUGCGAUCGCUCGGGAGCAGCCGUGUGGUCAACGACGCCACUUUGCCGUUACUGGUUCUCACAUCCCACGGUAGUAACCAACCUCACAAACACCACACCGGUUAAUCCUCCUCGUCCUUUUACACGUGCUACUUCACUUGCUUCGUUGUUGCACCCAGACCUUGCUGCAUUGAGAAAUCAGUUAUUGAUAGUGCCCUUCCAUCUGGUUGGCCACCCCACGGUUCAUGCCCAUGCCUGUCGAUGCGAAUCGUUCAUGUAUCCUGCUUCCCAUGUGGCAAUGACCGUCUUCCACCUCCACCCUACUAUAUUUUCUGCAUGCCCAAUUUACGGCAUGACCAGCCUGCAUUACCAUAGAUUAACCUUUGAUAUUUAAACAUCCCACACAGAUAUCUUCCCUCGCGACCUGCAAGUGAAACAACGCCCAUCAACCCGCUCUCAUCAGCCAUGUACGCUGCCAUGUCAUGUGAUGUAGUCGGAAGUGGAUCCAUCUUCCUACGGGCUUCGGUUUCCUUGGCGUUCCGAACCUCCAACUUGAGCUCGUGAAACCUGUCAAUCCCGUACACGCAUAAUUCAUGUAUUCUGAUCGUUUUUGCGAGCUUUCAACCUUGGCCUGUUUUUGAGGAGCAAUGUCCGAGGAGAAUUGGGCAGCCCACGGAGGAGUUGUUGCGUGUGAUAGAUGUCACUGGAAAAAGGUCAAAUGCGACCGAGAAGAUCCCUGCGGGAACUGCAUCGGCGCCGACACGCACUGCCUUCGCAAUCGGCAGAAGCGCCCAUUGCGGCGGCAGCGAAUGAAAACCGAUGAUAAAAUCAGGCUUCUUCUCGAAAGAUUGACCAGCCUUGAGAACGCAGCCAAUGUUGGCUCUUCCCUUCCUGUUCAUGCUACAGGCCCGUCACCUCUUGGCCAUAUCCGGCGAUUGUCAGAAAGUGAAGCCUCCACGAGCUCUAAAAAGACAAGAACCCAUGAGCCCUUGACGUAUAGCGCAUUAUCAUCUUCUGCUUCAGUGCCAUCACACGGUCGGUCCCCUAACAAUGAUCGCGAACUCCUGCAGGAGGAGCUUUCCCAUAACAGUCUACUUGCAUCAUACCAGCAAACCGUGCUGCAAACGGCAAUCAGUUUGGCUGAUGAGUUAUCCAAAUCCCCGUCCCAUCCAGUGGAGAACACCGCAUGGGACAAGGUUUCGACCGAUCUUGCACCGGGCGAGCUAGUCCAGAUUCUUCUUCAAAUUAAUCAUAGUGGUUCGGACCCUUCUCAUUGGAAUGUUCAUACUCUGGAUCACCUUCCGCCCGGAGCAUUGGAGAAGAUGGUGCACGGCUUAUUAGAAGGAACAGUCGACGAGCGUGUCCUCAACAUGUACAAAGUGAAUGUGCAUUUCAAAGCAGCUCUAGGGCUUUAUGCCAGCCAGCUUGAGAUUUCACAGACUGAUACUACUCGUCUACACGUCAAGAAAAGGCAACUUCACCAUCUCAACGCCGCCCUCACUGCCCUCGAUGGUGUCAGCUUUCUGGCCUCACCGUCCUUGUUGCUGCUUCAAACUCUCUUGACUGGGGCCAUCUUGAUGCAAAUAAUAGGCAACUCCACAGCUUGCUGGAGUCUUACGACGCAUGCAUCGCGCACAUUAGUACUUCUAGGAUAUCAUAUCCAUCCUGAAGCAUCAAGCGCUGAUGACAGUGACCUUUACGAAAUCCACGCAGCAGUGGCUUGGUGUUACCAUUUCGACCGAUUGUUAAGCUUGUUGUUACUGCGACCUCUCUCGUUACCGCGUUAUCGCGUACCGGUCGCUUCUUUGGUUCAACGAGAUACAAGUAAUCCCGCGGCAGUUUUUGCAGCAUUUAUGCUCGAAACGGUCCCUGUGAUGGAGCAGAUCGUACAAUUGACAGUGAAUUGCGUACACAAAAAAGCUGUAACCACGAGUGCAGUUGGCCAAUUGCGAAACAGCAUGGAAAGUAUAUACUCUGAAAUGCAAGCUGCGCGGUCAGAAGAUCUUUUCCAGUCUAGUCCAGAUUACAUGCUGCACUGGUAUUCCCUCGAAUUUAGAUACUACUCGCUUUUAACUUCAGUGCACCGGCUCAGCCCUACCGUUGUAACCAAUCCAACGGAGAGAGAACAAUGUCUUGCAUCUGCGCGUAAGGCUCUUGGAUAUGUCAAGAUGAUCCAUGUUCUAGGCAAGCAACAAGGUCAUUUCAUCGAAGACUUUAGCCCUUAUAUAUCCUGGACAAUUCUUUCUUACCCCAUCAGCCCCUUCUUCGUGCUCUUCUGCAACGUAGUCGGCACAUACAAUGUCUCCGAUUUCCUGCUCCUCCACGAAGUUGUCGACAUCUUAUUCUCACUCGUUGUGGAAAACAAGUAUGUCGAACGGCUUAGGCGACUAUGCAGCAGUCUCUUGGCCCUUUGUAAACCGCUGGUCAGAGGUUCCGAGGGCACGGAACAUCAGCAGCAGCAGCGGCCGCCAGAAGUGCCUGAAUGGGGAACCGUCACAGCAUCCACAUUACAUGGAGAUUCGAGCGCUCCAUCACUGAGUACUGAUGAUGCUAAUCAGUUGGGUUCGUGGGACGACGAUAUGUUAUCUCAGCUCUUUAGCUGCCAGCCUUCGCUUGACUGGUUCAACUCGGAUAUUCUUGACCCCGGUUUGUGGGAUAGUAGUAUUGGAAUGUGA